AUGUCAUCAAAUUAUUCUCACCCUGCUCCGUUCAAUGGUAUGGCGGAGUCAGACCUGCCUCAGUCACCACAAACAAUUAAUAUUCCUACGCAUUUGUUACCUCAAGCCAUGCUCGAUCAUAAUAAUCGAUAUCAUCAACCGCCCUCGAAUGUGACCAAUGGUGAAAAGUUUUAUGACUCCCAUAGUCUGCCUCAUAAAGAUCAAUUCCACCAAGACAGUCAUCAUAAUGACAGAACGCAUCCGAGUUGGAACCAAGCUUCUUAUAGUUCAGGGAUUUUAGAUCCAGGCUCUCCAAGAGUUAGACAGAGAUCGCAAGAGAGCUUCGUACAAGGAACUAAUCGAGAUAAUAAGAUGGAUGUAACUAUGAAUGGCCCAACACAGGAUGGCGGUGGUGGAAACUUUGCUGAUUUUCAUAGGAAAACAUCGCAACAAGAAGAGUAUCCAGUUGGUGACCAGAGGACUCCUUACAAUAAUCAGCAGAGCUAUAAAGCGGAACGACCGUUUGAGCAACUGCAAUAUCAAAACUCUUUGUACUCUAGGCAGGCCCCUCAACAAGGUUCCUAUCCUCAACAACGAUUUCAACAACCACCGUCACAGCAAAAAGUCCCACCAUCAUACCAACAGCAAAGUUUUCAGCAUCAAGAUUCAUCUCCGCUGACUUUUCAAACUGUUCAACAUAAUCCUUCGGUUCCUCAGGUACCUCAGUCACGUCGUGCUGCCCGUAGACCACCACCAACGAACCUUCCACCGAUUCAGACUAAUCGGAUACUAAGUGAAGGAAGGAGGAUUGUCUCUUCACCUACUGUUUCUCACUCACCGACGGCUUACGUAAAUAAUUCGCCAAUUUCUGGGCCUAGCGUUAAUCUGAUGAAACCAACUGACAAUAGGACGCAAUCAUUGACUAAUAAUACGAAGUAUCAGUACAAUCAGGUAAAUAAGAUUAUUCUGGAGCAACAACCACAGCAACAAGACACACAGCCUAACCACAGGCCUCGUUCUAGCGGGAACGGGUCAAGUUCUUCCAUUCAUCACACCUUCUCUCUUUCUUCGAGGUCGAGAUCGUUUACUUCAUUAGGCAAACUAUCGUCUCUUUCAACUAAAAAGUUUAAUUCAUCAGCGUCGUUACAGAGCAGCAAGUUAGACAGAAAUCCAUCUAGCGCAACUCUAAACUCACUGAAGACAGCCGUCGCUCAGCUACCUAAAAAGCCAGUUGUUUAUCCGGCAUUGUUGUCAAGAGUCGCUAGAGUGUUUAAAGAAUCAAUUAUUUUGACUAUAAAUACAAAGGAUGGUUUAGAGUACCACGAUACCUUCACAGGAAAGAUGGCUGUGGAUGUCAUCUGUAAGAUAAUAAGGACAAGUGACCGUAACUUAGCUUUGCUUUUGGGUCGUUCGCUAGAUGCUCAAAAAUUCUUUCGCGAUGUAACUUACAAUCAUAGAUUGAGAGAUUCUGUUCAUGAAGUUUACGCUUUUAAUCACAUUUACAGUGAUGUCGAAUUUUACAACGAUGAUAGUGGUAACAAUAGUGCAAAUAAUUCUAGGCAUGGUUCUUAUAAUGAUAAUAGCCAGUUUCAGCAGAUGUUGCAGCAAAACAUAUUGUCACAACAGUUAUUACAACAACAACUACCUGCUCAUUCUAGUAGUGGUCUACCAGUUACUACUGCUGAUCCAAGUGAUGCUAUAAACAGUCCUUCGUCACUAAAUCUUCAAGGAAAAUCGUCAAAUACUCCAAGUUCUACUGGUGUUAAUGGAGUUUUCACUAUCUUAACGGAUUGUUACUCUCCUACUUGUACUCGUAACAGGUUAUGCUAUAGUAUUGCUUGCCCGAGGAGGUUGGAACAGCAAGCUCGUCUUAACUUAAAGCCACAAGGAGGAUUAAAGAGAGCUGUUUCUAGAUUGUCUUUGCAGGACAAGGAGGAGAAUAAAACUUUGUGGCAUGAGACGGUACCUCAGUCAGUCUUAGAAAAAUUGGAUAAGCAUGAGAAAAUGAGACAAGAACUAAUCUAUGAACUCAUUUACACGGAAAGAGACUAUGUAAAAGAUUUAGAAUUCAUGACAGACUUUUACAUUAUGCCAUUACGAAAUCCAGCUAAUAACAUUAUUCCAGAACGUGAGAGGGAAGCAUUUAUAAGAACUGUUUUUGGCGGAGUUAAUGAUCUCCUUAGGUUAGCGAAGAACUUGAGUGAUUCCUUGACGAGAAGACAACAACAGCAAAAACCAGUGAUCUCAGCCAUUGCAGACAUUUUUUUAGAAAAUGUUGGUAAGUUUGAGCCCUUUAUUAAAUAUUCUGGAAAUAAAGUGUUUGCUAGUUUUGAACAUGAACGUCAGCAACAGGUUAAUAUGAAAUAUGCAAGGUUUUUAGAUGCUAUAGAGAAGAAACCUGAAUCAAGAAAGCAGGACUUAUCUUCAUUUUUAAUCAAAGGUAUCCAAAGACCUGCUCGAUAUCAGUUAUUAUUAGGAGGUAUAAUUAAAAAUUCAAAACCAGAAUCACCUGACUAUGAUGAUUUAAUUAAAGCCAAGGAAGAAAUUGAAAAAGUUUUAAACAAGAUCAAUAUUCAAACAGGUGAGAGUACUGAUAGGCACAAGGUAAUGGUAUUGCAUAGACUAUUAGGUAAGCAAGUGCUAGAAGAGAAGUAUAAUUUUAAAUUAUCAUACAGCAAUAGAAUUGUCUAUCAGGUUACGUUGCACCGAAAGAGAGAUAACGAAAAGAUUGAUUUGUAUUUGUUUGAGCAUGCUCUUUUGUUAGUGAAACACAAAAUUCAGAAUAAGAGGGAGCAAUACAAAGUAUUUGAACGUCCCAUAUACUUACCAUUAUUGUUUGUUAAUAGUGGAUUUGAUAUACCAACCGUAAGAUCCUUGUUGCCCCAUCGUUUGGAUGGUCUGAUAAUAUCAGAUACAAGUUUGAGAAAUAAAGUUGAAUCAUCUAAUUAUAUGAAUAAUUCAUCUACGAAGUUUCAAAUGAAUUUCUUAGGAUUAGGACGUAAUCAAGUCCAUGCUAGCUUAUUUGCAGAUGACUUGACAAAUCAGAGUCAAGUUUUACAGCAAAUAUCGACUCAACAAAAAAAAUUAGUCGAAGAGGGUGAUGUAUUUUCUUCAUCUAGAUAUGAAACGAGAAGAUUUCAUGGAAAUAAUAAGAUAAAUUGCGCAGUACCUUGCUAUGGAGGUAAGAAGCAUUUGUACGGAACUGAUUUAGGUGUUUGGGUCUCAACAGUUCGUUCUGUUAGCGCAACUUCUAGCGAAAAGAUCUGCUCAGAUCCGACAAUGGUCAUUAGCAAGGUUUACGUCACGCAGAUUGAAGUUUUGGUUGAAUACUCUAAGCUAUUAGUUUUGUCUGAAAAAUCCUUAUACGAGUUUGACUUGUCUUGUACUGACUCAUUAGAUCAUGCCAAAAAUACUCGAUCUGGAAGGCUUGUAUUAUCUCACGUUGCAUUCUUUAAGGUGGGUAUUUGUGAUGGAAGGUUAUUGGUAUGUGCCGCAAAGACGGGAAAUACUCAUUCAAUUAAUAUAUUCGAGCCUUCAAACCCAUUUGACAAAAUGAAAAAUAAAAAUAAAAGGUACGAUAUUAGAGAGAUCUCUUUUAGCUCCGAUCCAGUCUCUAUUUCAUUCAUGAAACUGAAAUUGUGUGUCGGAUGUACAAAAGGAUUUGAAAUCUUGUCGUUAGAAGAGGGAAAGAAAGAGCCAAUUUUGGAUGAAGCCGAUCCUUCACUUGAUUUUGCUACUCAAAGAGAAUUGGUUCAUCCACUUUCAAUACAUCGCUUAGGGAAGAAUUUCCUCUUAAGCUAUUCGGAAUUCUCUUUCUUAAUAAAGGGCAAUGGCUGGAGAACUCAACACGAUUGGGGUAUAUACUGGCAAGGAAACCCACAAAAUAUUGCAUUGUUUUAUCCAUAUCUAUUAGCGUUUGAGCCAGGAUUUAUCGAGAUCAGAGAUUUAGACUCAACUAAACUCUUAAGGGCGUUGAUAGGAGAGAACAUCAGAUUUUUACAUUCCAACGAACAUGAAGCAUUGUAUGCAUGUGAAGAAAAUGGAUACGACAUUGUUGUAUCGAUCGAUUUUUUAAAUUUGAAACCAAAGCCACGAGCUACCUAA